CCGGAUUACCAGCUCUCGUCAUUUUAACAUGGUCAGCCUGAGCAUCCAAAAGCGUUUGGCCUCUUCCGUCCUCAAGUGCGGUCAGAGAAAGAUCUGGCUCGAUCCCAAUGAGGUCAAUGAGAUCUCCAACGCCAACUCCCGCGCUAACAUCCGUAAGCUCGUCAAGGAUGGUCUUAUCAUCCGCAAGCCCGAGGUUAGCCACUCCCGUUUCCGUGUCCGUGUCCACGCCGCUGCCAAGCGUCUCGGUCGCCACAUGGGUUACGGUAAGCGUAAGGGUACUGCCGAUGCCCGUAUGUCCUCCCAGGUCAUCUGGAUGCGCCGUAUGCGUGUCCUCCGUCGUUUGUUGGCCAAGUACCGCGAGGCCGGUAAGAUCGACAAGCACCUCUACCACUCCCUUUACCUCAAGUCCAAGGGUAACGGUUUCAAGAACAAGCGUGUCUUGAUGGAGUACAUCCACAAGGCCAAGGCUGAGAAGCUUAGAGCCAAGACCCUCAACGAGCAGUCCGAGGCCCUCCGUGCCAAGAACAAGGCUCUCCGUGAGCGUCGCAAGCUUAAGGCUGAGGAGAAGAAGGCUUCCAUCGGUGCCGAGCAGUAAAGCAACCAAAAUAAAAAAUAUUUAUAUUACAUAUUAAAAAAAAAUAUAAAGAAAGAAGGAAAGAAAGAAAGAAAGAGUUAUUUAAUUUUUUUGUAAAGAAAAAUUGAAAACACAAAAUUGAUCUCUUUUAUUUAAAUUGAAACAACAACAAAAAAAAGAAUAAUAAAAAAAAAGAAU